AUAUUACUAAUACAAGUUCAUGAAAGUCGUAUUUUGUCAAAGGCAGACUUGAGUGAGUGAGUGAGUGAGAGUCCCUCUCUCAACAGCAAAGCCGACAGCAGCACCACCAAAUUGGAGUAAUUUCCCGGAAGAUGCAAGGAAUGUCCUCUCUUGCAUCAUCCAGUCGGAGACAUGUAGAACUGUCCGUGUCCGUGCGGACAUGUGAUUGCAGAUCAUCGUCAACAAACGUAGGCUCCAUUGAUUGUCCCCAUCAUCUUACAUCAUCGCGUGAGUGAAAUCCGCGCAUGCUGCUGCUGCGCUCCUCUGGAAUCACGCUACGACCACGACAACGCGAGCGCCUGCGCCAGUGUCGGUGACGUCAGAAGAAGCAUGGCGGUCAAGGUGCAGUCAACCAAACGGGCCGACCCGAACGAAUUGAAGGUCAUCUUUCAAAAGUAUGCAAGUGUUUCGGACAAGGAGGGGGAGCGGUUUAUGACCCCGGCGGACUUUGUGCAGAAGUACCUCGGCCUUCAAACGCAGGUCCACCACAACCCCAAGACUGUGCAGCUCAUUGCUGGUGUGGCUGACACAACCAAAGAUGGGCUCAUUUCUUUUCAGGAGUUCUUGGCCUUUGAGUCUGUGCUAUGUGUGCCAGACGCUCUCUUCAUAGUGGCCUUCCAGCUCUUUGACAAGACUGGCACCGGAGACAUCUCUUUUGAGAAUGUGCGUGACAUCUUUAGCCAGACAACGGUGCACCAUCACAUCCCUUUCAACUGGGACUGUGAGUUUGUGCACCUGCACUUUGGCCAUGACCGCAAGAAACGUCUCACCUACCUGGAGUUCACACAGUUUCUGCAGGAGCUGCAGCUGGAGCACGCGCGGCAGGCGUUUGCCCAGAAGGACAAGGCCAAGAGCGGCGUCAUCUCGGCCAUGGACUUCAGCGACAUCAUGGUCACCAUCCGACACCACAUGCUCACGCCCUUCGUGGAGGAGAACCUGGUCUCGGCUGCAGGGGGAGGUACUUCUCACAUGGUUAGUUUCUCUUACUUCAACGCCUUCAACUCUCUACUCAACAACAUGGAGCUCAUUCACAAGAUCUACAGCACUGUGGCUGGCACACGCAAGGAUACACUGCUCACCAAAGAGGAGUUUGUUCAUGCUGCUAAUAAGUUUGGCCAGAUCACUCCCAUGGAGAUCGACAUCCUGUACCAACUAUCUGGCCUUCACUCCCAAACCGGGCGACUGAACAUGUCCGAUAUCGAGAGGAUAUCGCCACUGGAGGAAGGCGCGCUGCCUUACAACCUGGCCCAGACACAGUCCCCGGGCGAUCGGUCGGUGCUGAUGCAGAUAGCCGAGUCAGCGUAUCGCUUCACCCUGGGCUCCAUCGCUGGAGCCACGGGGGCGACGGCCGUGUACCCCAUUGACCUGGUGAAGACGCGCAUGCAGAACCAGCGCUCCACUGGCUCCUUCGUGGGCGAGCUCAUGUACAAGAACAGCUUCGACUGCGCCAAGAAGGUGCUCCGCUAUGAGGGCGCCUUUGGAUUCUACAGAGGCCUUGUGCCUCAGCUCCUUGGAGUGGCUCCAGAGAAGGCCAUCAAACUGACGAUGAAUGACUUUGUGCGCGACAAGUUCACCCAGAAAGACGGUUCCAUUCCCUUCGUUGCUGAGAUCCUGGCUGGCGGCUGUGCCGGUGGAUCUCAGGUGAUCUUCACCAACCCGCUGGAGAUCGUCAAGAUCCGGCUCCAGGUUGCCGGGGAGAUCACCACGGGGCCUCGUGUGAGCGCGCUCAGUGUGGUCAAAGACCUCGGUUUCUUUGGCCUCUACAAGGGUGCCAAGGCUUGUUUCCUGAGAGACAUCCCCUUCUCGGCCAUCUACUUCCCAGCGUACGCGCACAUGAAGAAGGAGUUCGCAGACGAGCACGGCCGACUGGGACCCCUGCAGCUCCUCACUGCUGGCGCCAUCGCUGGUAUCCCCGCGGCCUCUCUGGUCACGCCCGCUGACGUCAUCAAAACGCGACUGCAGGUGGCUGCGCGCGCAGGUCAGACCUCGUACAGCGGCGUGAUCGACUGCUUCCGCAAGAUCAUGGCGGAGGAGGGCUUCAGGGCACUGUGGAAGGGAGCUGCAGCUCGAGUGUUCCGCUCCUCCCCUCAGUUUGGUGUGACCCUGGUGACCUACGAGCUCCUGCAGCGGUGGUUCUACGUGGACUUUGGUGGAAAACGGCCGGCCGGCUCGGAGCCCACUCCCAAGUCCCGCAUCUCGGAGCUCCCGCCGGUGUCCUCGGAGCACGUGGGCGGCUACCGCCUCGCCGCGGCCACCUUCGCCGGCGUGGAGAACAAGUUUGGCCUUCACCUGCCCAAGUUCAAGUCCUCGGGGGUGACCACCCUCUACCACCCCGAGCCACCCAAGACAGAGAGCCCUCCGCCGGCCGAUGCCCCCGCCCCUGCCCCCGCCGAUGCCCCCUCCUCUUAGAGACUAGCUGCCCCUCACCACCAACCCCCCCACGGCCGGUGGCGAGCCUCCUCCUCCUCCUCCUCCUGUCGGCUGCAUGCUCUCUGUCUCCGAGCUUCCGUGCCAUUUCACUCCACUUUUUUUUUUUCUUCAUACUCCUUUCCGAUGUGAUCAUUCUUUUAUUUUUAUUCCUGGAGUUUCUCCACUGACGGGGGUCCAACGAUGGUGACGCUAGCGGUCACUCACUCAAGACAUCUUGCUCACUGUUGCUUGUUUGCUACCGGGCCUCUCUCUGAUGAUAUGAUUUUUUCCUUUUCUCAUCAAUUAGUGUCAUUAUGGGUUGUUUUUUUUCGAUUUUGUGGCCGUAGUUUGCAGCUGUAGUUGAGCGCGCACAUUUUUUUCGGUUUUAUCUGGGUUAUCCUCUUUUGUUUACCUUUUUUGUUUUUCUCUUUUUUGCGUAGUUGCACUUUCAUUUCCUGUACAUAGUGUACAUCUGUACAGAGACGCAGAGGAGGAGAAGAGAAGAGAAGAGAGAGAGAGGUGAAAAUCAAACGCAAGGGCUGAGGCUGUCCAGGAGCGGUGACCUCUGCGACCUUCGACCUUCGGAAGAGAGGUGUAUGUGUGCACGUGUCUCUCUCUCUCUAUCUCUAUCUCUCUCUAUUCUCCCCAUUCCUUCACAAGCAUGUCUCUAAAGAAAGAUUUAAAAAAGAAAAUGCCGAUCAGACGGUUUUCCAGACGUGUUUUAUCGAUCAAUGAGAAACUGGGCGGGGGACAAUUUAAAAAAAAAGAUGUAAUGAUGACUAGGACAUAAUAUAAAUGUAUUUCAUUCUUGUAUUUUAUUGAAUAAAUCAUUGUGGUUAAAUUUAACAA